AACCAGCAAUUUAUGGAAAUAGGUCAAAAAUGUUGUAGUAAUGACACUGAAGGUGUAGCAUUUGAACCUGUUAACACCACAGAUGUGAUGUUGGCUGCAAGGAUUGUACGGAUGAUACGCAACAACAUUGUGGCGCUAGUGUUAUCUGGCGCAUUCAUCCUUUAUUGUUGUGUAGUUUUCUUUGACAAUACUUUUUCGUCGCUGGACAACAAAGUAACAGGAGACCCAGACAUCAGCGUCCGACAGAAGGAGUUCCAAUGGGACCUGCCGACUGAAGGGCAGCCUUGGGGUAACUCCACUCAGCCAAGUGUCAUUACAUGCAGGAAUUCUGUGCAAGGAAAAGCACUGCUUGCUGAUGACAGAGGUUAUGUGUGCCAGCGCUCAGACCGCCUUGGCAGCGGAUGUUGUGACCCAACAGCAAGCAACACAUUCCGGCACCAUUGCCUGACGUGCAAUUCUCAGCACUGCUGUGCCAUCUACGAGUACUGCGUCUCCUGCUGCAUGCAUCCUGACAAGAAGAGUCUGCUGAAGCGGGUGCUGAAACAGGUGAGCGAGGGUUCCCCGCUGUACGCGUCAGUCUCGGACCAGUUCGAGCUGUGCCUCGUCAAGUGCCGCACUUCCAGCCAGUCCGUGCAGCACGAGACGCUCUACCGCGACCCUCGAGCUAAACACUGCUACGGGGAGCGCCUUCCCGCCCUUCACGCCGACGCCGACGCCUAGUGCCCACACUCAAUGCUGACGCCUAGUGCCCACACUCAGGGCUGUCGCCUAGUGCCCACACUCAAUGCUGACGCCUAUUGCCCAUAAUCAAUGCCCACGCUGACGUGUAGUGCCCACACUCAAAGCUCUUGCUGACGCUUGAGUUCAUGCCCGACAUACUGACGCUGACACCUUAGUCCCCGCCCUACAAGCCGACUAUGACACCUAAAUGUCCGCCUUACAUGCCGAGUCUGAUGCCUUGGUCCCAGGCCUACAUGCCGACUCUGACGCCCAGCAUGCCGACUCUGACACUUAAUUUCUGCUUUAUAUGUCGACUCUGGCGCACUAGUCUCCGGCCUGUAUGCCGACUCUGACACCUUAGUCCUCGCCCAAUAUGCCGACGCCGUUGCUUGAGUGAUGGCACUUGGAAACACGUCAGGCACGCCUGUUGUGUCGCCGUUGCUGUACCUUCGCGCCGGCUGCGCUCCAGUUGUGUGCCUCUCCGAAAUGUUAUUCCGUGUGUACACAGCUGCCCUGUUGUGUACAUAUGAAAACGAUUGAAUCUCCCUACCUUGCGCAUUCUUGCAUCAUCAAUAUCAAUGAUUAAAUCCUCAUCAUCAUUUUCUUAUAGAUCAUAAAUCAUGCGUCACAAGUUUUUAUUCUCAGUUUAAUUCAUUCGUUUAGUCUUGAAAUUUUUGAACACAUUUAGUAUGUUUCACUGUUUAUUUUUUGUGUGCGUUAUUUAUUCAGACUUACAUUUAACCUUCUGUGUUCGUUAAACUCGAGCUGAAGCAGAACUUCUAUAUGCUUUUCAUCGCAUGAUUUUUCCACUGUUGCAGCCAAAAGUAUGGCUUCGUAAGUGCCUCAACUUCACCAAAACAUUCCUGAGACACUAACUGCAAAUUAGAGCCUUUGUUACUGACCGUUUUUCGAACUUGUACGUAUUGCACUCCGUUGAGACCAUUAUUUACCGUCUGGCUUGAAAAUUUUUAUUCCUAUCAUAUGUGAAAUUAACUGCAGUUUUGAAACAACUCGCCAAAAAAGUUAGCAAGUCGUAAGAAACAUGGCUGGCCCCGCAAAUUAUGAUUGAUAAUCUCAUUACUUAAAUCAUAAAUAUCUUGAGAUGGCUACAUGAAAAGCGCUGAUUGCCAGGACCUUUGGUGACGUAUAAUGCUCAUCGCGGUUUUAUCGACAGACUCGAAUAUAUUUUACUUCGUCCUGCGGCAGUAGACUAAACAUACUAAUGGUUUAGCGACUCCUUUCUUGAUUAGCAGGCUGUUUGCUUCUGCUCGUGAAUUGUGAGUCCGAGUAUUGUGGAGAUGUUGAAGAUGUGGUGAAAUAAGGAUCAAAAUUCAACGCACCAAGCAGAAAAACUAACGCUGGCAUACUGAAAGUGAUCAAAUUUGUGUGUAUUGAUGUCUAUCAGGCCUACUAGUACAACUCACGCUAGUUGCUGCUUUGCCAGUUCUGACUAACUAUGAAGAAGAAAUGACUACUUAUUGUUUAGAAGGCGACGAAGGGAAUGCAUUCAAAACUGUUCAUAAAUACUGUUUUGUGCUACAAUCCUUGAUGUGAAGCUUGGGAGGGCAAAAAUGAAUACUUACCAAAGCUGCACCACUAGGUUGCAUCCAUCUUUUAAGUUUAACUUUGUUUCGAAUGUUAAAUUGCACGCUUUUUAAAAACGCUUCUGAAAUUUUAGUCUUCCGGAAAUAUUUGUGCUUGUGAGACUUAGUGUUGAAUUCCCGUUUCACGUUGUCAUUCAUAUUAGUUGUUCGUUAAAUUAUUUUCUUACCAUGACGUGAUUCUCGAGUCGAAUCGAUGUUUUAAAGUAGUUCAAUAUCAUAGGUAGACGAAGUAACUCGUGACUCUCAUCGUUUAUCAGUUUAUCUAUGUUGAAGGAUAGCAAGUGAAGUAUCGGAUUACUUGGCCAUUAAAUAUUAAUUGUUUUUUCGCAUUUUAGUUUGUGUAAUUCAGAGCUCCUGUUCAUCAUUAGUUUAGAGAUGAGUAUUUUUUAAGAGAAUCGUCUUUUAUUGAUUUGGUCAAUAGAAAAAGGUCCGCGUAGUUGUGUUAUAAGCGAAGUUUCUUCACACGUGUUUGAAAUGCGAAGCUAGCGUUGGAUUUUGAAUGACAAAACGAUAGUUCUGAAAUUAUUAUUUUUUUUUAUUGUUACUCUCAGUUCAAAUCUAUUCAUUUUUACUUUCUUUCUAUUGUAGAUGCGAAAUAAAUACAAUACAGAAAUUAAAUCUUUACACGGUAAGUUAACGUUUCUAUAGGAUCAAUCAAUUAAUUUCAGGUGAUGCUGGUCAUAUUAUUGCUAACAAAUUGAAUCCCUGUGCAAUUUAACGUUAUUUACUUACUAAUGGAAGCGUUAACUUGCCUGCCAAAUGCGACUCGUACUUUCGUUUGUGAAGCUGAAAUGCGUUCAGUUCAGACUGCUGUACUGCUUUGAAAUAGGGAUGAUAUGUAAGCUUUGCCGAUUUUAAAUCGCCUUUGGCAUCGAUUGCCUGAUAAAGUUUUGUUAUUGGAGGUCGGGAAUUGGUGCUGUGUUUAAAAGUUGUAAACACGAGUUUUUUUUACAUAAUUGACUCUCAUACUCAUGUACGUAGACGUUGUAAGGGUGGAAAUGAAUAACGUAUUCUCUAAAUCUUGUCUGUACACUGAGAAAAAUGAUCGACUUGGUCCGAAUAGCGGUGCUCUUUUUCGCCCCCUUGUAUUUUGAAUCGGCAUUAGGACGUAUCAGUGCUACGUCCAAUAUAUGCGCUUGCUGUGCAAUUAAAUAUGCCACUGCGUGGACGAAAUGACGUAUUCAUUUUACUGAGUGUACAAGAAAAUUUAAGUGCGACUGAUUGGCCCCGAACGAAAUUAAUUUGAUUGUCAACUAUGUUGGAUUGUGGUUCAGUAAAAAAUAUUUUUAUAUGCUUAAAAAUUAUAUUCUACUUUUAUCGAGCAGCUACGCGUUUGUGGCCUCCACUUAUGACCAAAGAAAUGACUAGAGUUAAAAAAAAUCAGACAUUGUAAGGCAGUUACGAGUUCUCAUGCCAGACUAUACAGCGUUAAUAUUUGUCGACUAUCUCUUAUUUUGUGCGACGGACCCAGAAACUUGAAGAUAGUCAAAUUUUUUUGAUAAAUUUUGCGUUGUUACUCUUAUCUUGUUUAAGAGGAUUUAUUACAUUACAAAUAUCUGUUUGAAUCUAUAUAUAACUUUUUUCCGAUUAAGGACUGUUAUAUUUAGCUCCAUUUGUAAAUUAUUUUGUUAAGUGCUGAAAGUUGGUACGUAUAAAGGAUUUUUCUGAUCACAUAUUUUCGAACAGCCAUUUUCGAAGGUAGAGAAAUGAAGAAUUGUUUACAAAACGAGCUCACAAUAACAACAUGUAGAAUCCAAA